GAUUUGAUAAUGAAGGGGAACAUAAUCGGGAUUUUGGUGAUGAGUUUGUCGCUUGGCCCCCCGCUCGCAGGACAAGACUAUGAGAUUAACUCUACCGAGGAAGUGAGGGCUGUAGUUGGUGAAAAUGUCACUCUGCCGUGUCAAACUGAGCCCCCGAAAGAUUUACAAUCUCUGACAGUGGAGUGGAAAAACAACGAGAGCUAUGUCCACCUUUACAGACAUGGACAGGAUGAUCAUGAUCUACAGCAGCCGCAAUACACAAACAGAACGAUCCUCUCCCAUGAGGACCUGAUCAAAGGAAAUCUGUCACUGAAACUACUCCAUGUACAGCUGAGCGACCAAGGAAACUACACCUGCAGUGUUGUGAAGCUGUCAGAGAAGGAAAAGAUCACCAGAGGUCAUGUGAUCCUCAUUGUUUUUACCGUCCAAAAACAAUAUUACGCUAUAUUAAAUGGAGACAGGUCAAGCACUAGGACCCAGCGGAAAACGGUCGCUCAAGCUUCCCUUGAGACCGCCCACAAGCUCCUCAAGGAGCAUUUUGUGGAGAACAUGGAGGAGGUGGUGGAGAACGUGGAGGAUGUGGUGAAGAACGUGGAGGAGGUGGUGAAGAACGUGGAGGAGGUGGUGGAGAACAACAAGAAGGCAGCUGUUUUCUGA